GUACGAAACCCAUUUUAGCGUGUACUCAAUGGCGUGUUUUGUCAGUUCGUUCGCGCAUCUUUUUCUCGCGUAAAGCAUUUUUGUAAACAAAACGGAGCAAGCCGAAACUUUAUUUAAAUGUUAUUUUAAAAACCUCGUCCCAACAAUGUCCAACUUCUGUGUCAUUCCGGGGUGCCAGUCGCACCAGUACAUCAAAACGGCGACCCUUUUCAGCGUCAGCUGCACACCUGCCCUGGAACAGUGGUGGAAGGGCACGCCCUGGAAUCUGCCCCAGGCCGGGCUGUCCGAUCCGAAGGUUUGCGUGGCCCACUUCCGCGACGAUCAGCUGGAUCGGCGCGAGCGGGGACAUCCCCGGCCGAUGCCGAACGCGGUUCCGUGUUUGCGCCUUCCGAAGGGACCGGCGACCUGUUCGAUGGGCGCACCACCGGCGGUUCAGGUUUGCAAUCCGUUGCUCAUCGUUUGUCGGUUCUGCAGCAAGAAGCAAGCCAAUCCGAUUAGGAACCAUUUGGAGGAUUUGGUCGAGUCGGAGGAGCUGCUGCAGCUGUGUUUGGGCCGGGGUCGAUUCCUGGAGGGGUUUCCCAGUGGCGUUUGCGAUUACUGCUUGGACAUGAUUAAGAUCACGACGAACUUUAUCAAGGAUUGCGAGAAGGCCCAGGAGAAGCUGCAGAAGAUGUUCUUCGGGACGAGCCAGCAGAUGGUGGACUCGUUUGAGGAGGGGGAAUCGUGCGAGGCGGAACCGGAGCAGGAUUUUGAGGGUUCGUUUGCCGUUCCGGAGACGGUUAUUUCGUUUGACGAUUCGACGGAGUUUGGAGGGUUGAAGCAUGAAGCGUUGGAGAUUGGCGGUGACGAUCCACUUGUUGGUAUUGAGGACGACGAUGAAGACGAUGACGAUGAUGAUGAUGAAAAUGAGGACGAGGACGGAUUGGAACCGGGCGAGGUCAAAUACGUUGGCCACCAGAUGGGGGCCUCGGCAAACUGGCCGGGACAGACGAGCAGCAGCAAGAAACGGGCGGCUGAGGAGGGUGAAGUCCACUGCAACUUGUGCGGCCAGAAGUUCAACCGGAAGCGAGGCCUGAAGGCGCAUAUGGAAUCUAUUCACGAGAAGAAAACGUUUUCCUGCCGAAUCUGUGGCAAGACGAUGGGCUGGCGGAAGACUCUGCAGCGACACAUGAAGAGCCACGAGGAAGGUUACUACAAGCACAAAUGCGAUCUGUGUGAAAAGACAUUUUCCCGGCCAAGUCAUUUGAAACUUCACAUGAGCAAACACACCGGUGAGAAGGUUCGCUGUCCGCUGUGUGGCAACGGAUUGCGUUGCAACUACAAACUGGGCGAGCACCUGACAAAGGUCCACAAAUUGGACCCGCAAACGGCCAAAACCUACGUCCAAACGGCGGUCAAAACCUACGGUUAGAGAGCCGGCAACCAACAGUAAGUACGUCACCCCAACAGUAUAACAUUAGUUUUUGUGUGUUUAUAUUUAUAACUGGCCAUCAACUUGACGCAAAGAUUGGAGCAACUUUCAACUAAACAUUUGAUUUGCAAAAAAAAAGAAAGGACUUUUCGGCUGUGUAGAAUUUGAAAGAUAGCCCCCGGCGCUCUGCUUGCUGCAGAAGUCCGCUUUAUUUUCACCAUCGUAAUGCUGUGUGUGCAAACAUUCUUUUCUUUAACCUUUAAUAUUCUUGAUAACGAUACCUACUAGUUUGCAGUUGUAACAGACUUUCUAUCUCCGAAUCGGCUGAUUUUUUAUUGUUCCACACUGAUAUUUAGUUCUCUUCGCUUCGUAAAACUUGUUCCUUUAGUUUUAUAUUAGUUUUUCUUUAAUAACUACGCUUAU